AUUCAUAAAAAAGCCAUUUUCCCAGGCAGUGGUUGCAACAUCGCCGCGGAGGUAGCGAGCGGAGCUGACAGCGCGGAGCUGGCGCUGUGGAGCGCAGGGAGCCUUGCCGGUUCCUCCGGCCGGCGUCUGCGAGUACAGCGGCGGCUGACCUGCUCCGGCUCCGGGAUUUACACAGACGUGGGGCGAUGCUUGUGACCCUGCAGCUCCUCAAAGGCCCCUAGAAGCCUGUUUCUCCAUACAGUCCAGGACCUCCAGCCCCAUGGAGCCCCCGAUCCCACAGAGCGCCCCCUUGACUCCCAGCUCAGUCAUGGUCCAGCCCCUUCUUGAUAGCCGGAUGUCCCACACCCGGCUCCAGCACCCACUCACCAUCCUACCCAUUGACCAGAUGAAGACUAGCCACGUGGAGAAUGACUACAUAGACAACCCUGGCCUGGCCCCCACCACUGGCCCAAAGCGAACCCGGGGCGGGGCCCCAGAGCUGGCGCCGACGCCCGCGCGCUGUGACCAGGACGUCACCCACCACUGGAUCUCCUUCAGUGGGCGCCCCAGCUCUGUGAGCAGCAGCAGCAGCACAUCCUCCGACCAGCGGCUCUUAGACCACAUGGCACCACCACCCGUGGCCGACCAGGCCUCGCCAAGAGCUGUGCGCAUCCAGCCCAAGGUGGUCCACUGCAAGCCGCUGGACAUCAAGGGCCCGGCGGUCCCACCCGAGCUGGACAAGCACUUCUUGCUGUGCGAGGCCUGUGGGAAGUGUAAGUGCAAGGAGUGUGCGUCGCCCCGGACGUUGCCCUCCUGCUGGGUCUGCAACCAGGAGUGCCUGUGCUCAGCCCAGACCCUGGUCAACUACGGCACGUGCAUGUGUCUGGUGCAGGGCAUCUUCUACCACUGCACGAACGAGGACGAUGAGGGCUCCUGUGCUGACCACCCCUGCUCCUGCUCCCGCUCCAACUGCUGCGCCCGCUGGUCCUUCAUGGGUGCUCUCUCCGUGGUGCUGCCCUGCCUGCUCUGCUACCUGCCUGCCACCGGCUGCGUGAAGCUGGCCCAGCGCGGCUACGACCGUCUGCGCCGCCCUGGUUGCCGCUGCAAGCACACAAACAGCGUCAUCUGCAAAGCAGCCAGUGGGGAUGCCAAGACCAGCAGGCCCGACAAGCCUUUCUGACGGUUUGUGUCGAAGCCCCAGUGCUCCUCCUGGAAAUCUGGUUCUCUUCUGACAUCUGAGAAGACUGCAGCAAGCUCAGAGGUUUUAGCCUCCUGAGGCUGACCUUGCUAGUCUACCCACUCCCCACCCCCAGCUUCGGAAGAUACAGAGACCACCGCCUACCCUGUCUUCCCCAAGACGAUGAAGAAGCACUUUGGGGAUUUUUUUCAGGGUCCUGGAACUUUGUGUCAAACAGACAAUGCAGGGGGCAGGGUGUGGUUUGCGGCGGGUGGGGGGGGAUUUUUCUUUUUCAGAAGACGGAACACAGAUGUGGACACAUAUCCGGAAGCUGCAGCUGCUUGAAUGCCUUCCCAGCCCCUCCUUCUUCGUCCCCUCCUCCCUCCCUCUCUCUUUCCCUCUUCCUCUUUUCCAUCGUCUUUGGCUCUCACAGGAGCUGGCUGCUUGGGAGGAAUUAUUAACUGAGUACCAGGGUACCUUUAAAGAAGACCCUUGGAGUCUUCUAUACCUUCUUCUCCUCCCCCACCUCACUGUACCCCACUCUAUUCCUGAUGUCUUGGGGAAGGUAUAGAACACCCUAGCAGUUCCUAUUGUAUAUACUUGGGAGCCCACUGAGAACAGAGGACGGCCAGUGAGUCCAAGCCUCGUUCUUCUGCCUCCCCGGAGCAACAGGACGGAUUUAGGAGCCACUGCUCAGUGCACUUCUCCCUAACAACGCAUCAACUAACUCUUGGGGUGUUCCGCUCACCACACCGUCCUUCGGUUCUCACCGAGUCACAGACUCGCCUGCCCACUACAUGUCCUGGGUUCUCUCUACUCAGAUCCCUUCCAGAAACUUUAUAUGGGUAGACGAAGCCAGGGCGGCAAAAGCGAGACCAAAUAUCAUUUUGCCAAUGAGUCUGAGGCUGUGGUCUCUGGAUCCAGUCAUUAUGUUUUUAUAGAAUAAUUAAACCAGAUGCUAACGGUGUUUUAAAAAAAUAAUAAUAAAACAACUUGCUUCCUUUUGGGCCACCCCCAGGAAGGGCUGAUUUCAAAAUCUGGGGGCGAGCAACCUCAAGGAACACAAUUUCCCUCCCCACCAAGAAGAGGAUUUUAACAGCAAAGAAGAGAGGCAGCACCUCCCAUUGGCAGAAUGGCCACUGAGCCAGGCUGGGUUUGGGUUCCUUCUCUUCUGAUUCUGCUGCUCACUGUCAUAGCCUUUUGUGUAUAGUGAUGUGUCUGUAUCUUUCCUGUAAAUAGAGAGAUGAUGAAAAAAGAGUCUAUUUUAGUGUUAGGAAGCCCCAGCAGGGGAGUCGGAAGAGCUUGGAAGAGCUCAAGAGAGGGUAGGGGAAAGGUUUUUCCUGGGGCCACUGGGUUUGAGCCCUGCUUUUGUGCACAGCCACACCGCCCUCUCCCGACAGCCCUCAAAGACUGUAGCAACUCUUUCUCUCAAGGUGCUAAAGGACUCAGAAGGUGCAGCACGUCCAGUGGGUAGGUACUUGUUGCAUGCAAAAGCUGUAGUGUAUCUGGUCCUUCCUCCCCAGCUGUUGUGUGGGGUUUUUGCUUUGUGUGGUAUUUCGUUUUUCCCUCUAAUGAGAGGGCAUGGCCCGAGUCAGAAGAGCUACCACCCCAGGUGAAACUGGAAGCGCAUGAGGCAGAGCGUCCGUAGCAUUUCCAGUUUGUUCUGUAGGAACAGAGGUACCUCCAGGAAGGAGGCCACGAGGUAGGUAGCUGUGAUAGGCUUGCACCGAAUGCUUCUCAAGGACUUUUUUUUCCUUCUUGAAGACUAGUAGUAACAUCUUAUGAUUUAGAGUAAGUUAAUUGUAACCUUAGGUAUUUAUUGAUUGGAGGAAGGGAGGGUCAUAUUAUUCGACUUUAUUUAUGUAGCAUUUGCUAGCUUGUACAAGGCGAAUGUGAAAUAUUGCAUCUGCAGUUUCCAAGGCUGAUUCAUGUAGCUACCUUGCCACACGUUGUGAUGGAUGUAUGGAUGUUCUUGAACAUUUCAGAGGGAGUGGUAGAAAACAAGACACAUUUUCAGCCAACCACUUAAACAUGAAUUGAAUGUAUUAGAAGUGUACUGAAGGGACUGGAGAUGUUUCCCUCAGAUGAGGUGGCCCCAAAAUCGAUAGCACACAUGUGCACGCCUUCUGUGAGGCCUCAGAACUUUUCCGAGGGCCCCUCCCUCAAAUUCUCUCCAUGGGAAACUUGACCCAGUGGCAAGUUGCACUUUGGUGAUCUUGAUGGUCUACACACCCGUUCUGUGGAGAGUCGAUUUACAUAAGCUGUGUACACACACACACACACACCCCACACUGUCUACUGACAGAGACCCUAUUUCUGGCGAACGGCCUCCUGAACCCUGACUUUUUGUGUACAUACUUGUAAACACGGAUUUUUCUGGGUUUGGGUUUGCUUUUUCCUUUCUUCCCCUGCCCCUGUUAUAGAUUGUUCUUGGUUUGCUUUCAGCCUGCUUGAUGGAUGUCUGCAGAGCGCUCUCUGAGUUCACUUCAGUGCCCCGUGUGCUCUGUGGUCAUGGGAAGGAGCGAAGGAACCAUCCUUGGUUCUCCCAGCUUGGCUGUGUAGCAGUCCCUCAGUAUUGUUUUUCUCAGCUACUUGGCAAGAAUUUAAACACACACACACACACACACACACACACACACACACAGAGAGAGAAGAAUAAAGCUGGCUUGCCUGUGGACCCUCGGGCCAGUUGAGGGCCACUGAGAGACCCAGCACUCAGAAACACAACACACGUGUGUAGCUGCUUCUGGCUGAGUGUAUUUCCUGUCACCAAUGGCCUGUUCAGCUGGACGAUGUCUCGGCUUGACCUUUAUUGAAGAGUGCUGGUUGGUUCUCACCCCUGUUAAACCUGGGGUGGGUGGGGGUUCUGCCUUAACUCGAGGGGCAGCUGGGAUCCAGGACCCUUCUCCUAGGGGGCUUUGGCUGCCUGUGUCUAUGAAGGACAGCGCUCCAGCAAGCACCCUGGGAACUUUGCUUGGGUAGCAAAGCCCCCCAGAUAAAAAGAUGGGCACAGCUAAGGCUUUCCCAAGCAGGAAGGAGGUGAAGACCAAUCCCUUCCUUUGGUUCACACCCCCUCACCGCUGAGAUGGAAGACCUUGUAGGACAUGGCUGGUUCUUUCAGCCUUGUGGAAUCUGUCAAUCACCAUCAUACCUCCAGUGAGGCCCGGCUAGAUAAUGAUUUGUCUGAGAUGGCACACGUGGAGAGUGAUCUGCACCAGAACCCGGAUGACUGUCACCUUGAAUCGUCCUGUUCUCCUUCCCUGCUGUCCCAGGAAGUGUCUGGCGGGCGUGUGCAGCGCGGCUCUACACUGUACAAUUCACUGGGGCAUCCCGCGAGCCUCACCAGCCUUCUGGUUCAUGCCUUUGACAAGCAUUUUCAUGCCCUCUCUGCUUACUGUGACAGUUGAUGAUGAAUCUUGCGUUGCCAUUUUCUGCUGUGGGUAACUGCGUGCGGUGUCUUGCCUUGCUUUCUCUUCUCACUGUCCCACAGCUUGGUUUCAUGUUACAAACAGAAAAACUGUUCAAGGCUCCCACCCCGCCACAUCCCGACUUCAUUUCCCUCUUCACCAUAGCCCACCUUCGCCCCACCACAAAGUUACCACAGAAGGUUUUCUUUGUAUAGAAUAUUUAUUUUGAAGCUCUAUUUUAAUAGUAUUUAUUUUAGAAAGUCUACUAUUGUAAGAGUUCUUCUGUUUGUGAAGAAAAAAAGUUAAAAACUGAAUGUACUGAUUUAGAAAAUAUAUAUAAAUAUAUAUUGUUAAAUAUACAUGAGACUGCC